AUGGAGAUUUCGACUGGAGCGUUGGCGCUGCCUCUUGUCGGGUUGGCAAUCUUCUAUGCACUUGGCAGAUGUCUCUAUAUUCUAUUCUUCCAUCCUUUGAGCGGCUUCCCAGGUCCCAAAUUCGCUGCCAUCGGGCUAUCUGAGCUAUACUACGAUGUUCUCAAAGACGGAACAUACCUCUGGGAGAUUGAGCGGAUGCACAAGAAAUAUGGCGAGUUUGCAAACCAUUUCCACGCAGGGCACUUGCUGACCGUACCAGGCCCCAUCGUGCGCAUCAACGCCAGAGAACUACACAUCCUCGAUCCGGAGUACUAUGGAGAGAUAUACAGUGGAGGCUCGCGUAGGGUCAGCAAAGAUCCCGCGACCGUAAAAGUCUUUGCUGUUCCAACAGCCAUGGUGGCCACCCUGGAUCACAUGCACCACCGAGCACGUCGUGGUUACCUCAGCCACUACUUCUCAAAGCGGACCGUCCAUGAAGUUGAACCACUGAUCGGGGAGCGGGUGGACAGACUUUGUGGACGUUUUGACGAGGCUCUGGAGAAGAAGACUCCACUAAACCUGGAUGCUGCUUUCUCGGCAUUGACAGCAGACGUCAUUACCAUGCGCUUUUACGGUCAGCAUUUCGACUAUCUGGGCAAGGAGCACUUUCAUUCAGCAAUUCGAGAUACGUUUGCGGGUGUGAUGAGCAUCUACCACCUCACGCGGUUCUUACCAGGUAUCCUUCCCGCGCUCAAAAGCCUUCCGAUGCCAAUCAUGAAAGCUGUGAUGCCCAGCGUGGCUGAACUCGAGACAAUACGAGACGGUAUCAAGAACGAUGCACUCAACUCGCUGAAACAGAAAGACUACUCUGGCUCAGCGCCAGUGAUUGCCUCGAUGCUGGAAGACACAUCAGUCCCUGCAGAGGAAAGGACUAUUGACCGUCUUAUGGAUGAAGGGACGACGUUGACCUUUGCUGGCACGGAGACGACAGCCAGGUCGCUGAGCAUUGCAUCCUUCUAUCUUCUGAAUGACAAGCCACGCUUCAACAAGCUACGAUCCGAGCUCAACAAUCUACCCAAAUCGCAAGACACCAGUUGGGCUCUCUCGCAACUGCAGUCGUUGCCGUACUUGACGGGAGUGAUCAACGAAUGCCUCCGACUUGCGUUUGGUGCCGCGGGUCGCUUCUCCAGGGUUGCCACCGAGGAGGCGCUUCAAUAUGGCGACUAUGCAAUUCCGCCAGGGACGCCGGUCACUCAGUCUACAUACUUCGUCCAUACCGACCCGUCCAUCUUCCCAAAACCAUUCGAGUUCAGGCCCGAACGUUGGAUAGAAGCAAACAAAGAGGGUGUUCCGCUCGACAGAUACCUCGUCAGCUUCUCGAAGGGACGGAGACAGUGUCUUGGAAUGACGUUGGCAUACGCAGAGCUCUACAUCACCAUUGCCAGGGUUGUCAGUUCUUACGACAUGAGCCUGCACAAUACCACGAUAGACGACAUUGGGAUCCAUCAUGUCACCCUGGUGGGCAAGCCGAAGAAGAUAAAGGGACAGGGUCCAACAUACGGGGAAGUUGAGGUGAAUGUGCUCGGUAAAGUUGCGCAGUGA